AUGGUGCUCCGAAAAUCUCCACCGCCUGGGAUUAACGUUCCUUCGCGAGCCAGAAACGGUUCGGAUCCUCGAUCGACUGUCUCGCGGAGCUCUACCUCGCCACGGUCGGCUACUCAUCAGCAAUCCUCUCGAAAAGAUAGCUGGGAGCUUGACACGGACUCUAUAUAUUCACCCGACCUACGGACUAGCCCAGCAUUUGACCUAAUGCCUCUUGAAGAAGCACAAAAGUCCCCGGUGGCGAGCAGUAGCCCGUGGGAGGAUGAGCUGGUAGAACGGCCUGUGGGAAUGGCGCAUAUGAGCGGAGCUUCACAGCAGAUGCCGGGCUCGAAUAACGCAGCGUAUCAACAUACAGGCUCGAGCAUACAGUACAGUGAUGAUGGUUUUGGGAAACAGCCGUCGGCUGGAGAGUCGGUAUUAGGGACGUCGCCACAGCGAUUCCGCUCCAACAACCCCUUUUUACGUGCUCAAAACUCGAGCCCAAAUCCUUGGGAAGAUAAUAGUCGGCGCGAACGGUUACCAUCUCACUCAGAACAAGGUUCAUCUACAUCGAAUCUGCCUCCGGACCAAUCUGAAAGAAACAGCCAAACUUCAGGGAUUAUCCCCAUGACAGCGCGGUUGUCGAUAUUCGACCAACCAGAAGAUCCAUGGAAUCAGCCUAGUCAACAGCCAGAUGGAGGAGUAUCUCUGCAUAAUGCCGGAACGGUUACACAAGCCUUGUCGGACAAGGGGAAAAUGCCCUCCACGGAAAGCGGCGCUGACAACACAUAUACUCUGAACCAAACCGAACAAGAGUGGGAUACGAAUAAUCACUGGCAGGAACUGUCACUACGACCGGAAUCCGCCAAUACGUCGAAUGCGUCCUCUUCACAACAGAUUCCGCGGGCUUCGUCGCCACAACUCAUAGAUCUUGAAGAUACCCCAACAAACACUGAAGACAAUCCAUGGUCUAGCGAAAAGCGACCGGAUCCACCCCCAAAGGACAAUAUGCAAGCCCAACCGCCGACUUCACGACCGCCUCAAACUACGUCGGAUUCGCUGCCGCCGCCGCCGAUGUCUGAAGCUGAAUUGAAGAGUUUCCAAGAGAAACAAGCGGAGACCUAUGCGAUUCGUCACAUAAACUGGACUGAUUAUACAGGACAGUUGCGUGAAUCUCCCGUGCUUGUUCAGAGUCGAAAUGGACCAUGUCCUUUGCUUGCUCUUGUCAAUGGACUCAUCAUGCGCUCUGAUAGAAAGACCGAACCGCCGAUAGUUCGUGCAUUGAAAACCAGAGAGAACAUUUCAUUAGGGUUACUGAUUCAGGCUCUAUUUGAUGAGCUAGUCACAUAUUCGAAUGAUGAGCUUCCUGAUAUUGAGGCUCUCAGUCGGUUUCUAACUAUGCUGCAUACCGGAAUGAAUGUCAAUCCCCGUCUCACACUCAAUUCCCCGGCAGCUCUAGGAUCAUUUUACGAGACCAAGGACAUCCAGUUAUAUGAUUCGUUCAAAGUCCCCUUGGUUCAUGGAUGGAUCGCUACACCAACAAGUGGAGUCCACGAUGCUAUGGUACGAGUUGCUCAGUACUACGAGGAUAUUCAACUCUUACAAUUCCGCAAAGAAGAAUUAGAAGAUCGCGUGUUUCGCAAUGGGGCAACUUUAACUCCUGAUGAGGAACGUAUGAUGGACGACAUUCAGAUCAUCAAUCAAUUCGUGAAUGUUGAAAAUACAACACAGCUGACUGAAUUCGGACUUGAUCAUUUGGGCAAAACGCUUCCACCUGGAUCAGUUUCGAUUUUGUUCCGCAAUGAUCAUUUUUCAACUCUCUAUAAACACCCACAGUCGGAACAACUUUUUACUUUAAUCACCGAUGCCGGCUACGCUGACCAUGCAGAAAUCGUAUGGGAGUCGCUCGUAGAUAUCACAGGUGCAAACACUGAAUACUAUGCUGGCGAUUUCAGGCCAGUCGGCCACGCUCCAUCUGCUCCAGGUCCUAAUGAACCGUCGCAUCUUGUUUCACAACGAACAUCAAGCCGGAACCAUGCUACUACAACUUCUUCGACACCUUCACACAACACCGAACAAGAAGAUGCAGAUUAUGCAUAUGCACUAUCACUUCAAUACCAAGAAGAGGCGCAACAACAGCAGCAACGGCAACAACAACCACACGCUCGUUCUUCCUCGACCAGGGUAGCAAGUACGACCGCCCGCAACACGGUACCCGCACACCGAUACUCCCAAUCCUCCGCAUCGGCCUCAACAAGCCGUCUCCGCAACCCCUCAGUAUCAUCAUCUUCCAUCCAAUCACCUCCUCGUAGACCCAACGACAACAAUAAUAACCAAAACAACAUACCCCAAGACGCACCUGGUGUUACCGAUAACGACGACGAUAUAGCAGACGACGCACCGCCCCCUUCAUAUGAGCAAGUAGCACGCAACAAAGCCGCAGAAAUGUUCAACAGACAGCAACAAGCGCAACCAGGAAUGCCCCUAAACACGGAGUACGGAACACGAAGAAUUCAGCAAUACCCCGGUGGGACACCUCCGUCGUCAACUGGUCGACGACAACCACUGCAAAGCGUACCGGACCGAAGGGGACAAGUACCUAGAGAUAAAGAUUGCGUUGUUAUGUAG